AUGACACACAUAUGCCCUGGUGACCCAGGGAAUAUCUUUGUUGAAGAACAAUGGCAAAAACGAUCAAAAAUAGUUCAAAGUCAUUUAAGUCAUACUAAUAUUCAACGGUUGAGUUAUGAUUGGCAGUAUAAAAGUACUGAAAAAGUUGUUCAAUAUGAUAAUGAUCAAAAUGGACAGGAUAAAAUAUUAAACUUACCUCGAUAUUCCAACCAUUUGUUCACUGAUAUUAAAUAUUAUUCUCCAUGUUUAAGAGAACAGUAUGUAGUUGGUGUGUAUUCGGGUGAAGGCUAUAAGUGUGUGACUCUGUAUGGUGAAGAUUUUCGUAAAUUGAAAAACAACUCCUGGUUAAAUGGAACUGUGAUUGACGCACUGCUAUUGACUUAUGUGAAUAAUGAAAUUGGUUAUAUUCCUGUGGAGAUAAGCAAUACAAUUUGGUCAAGUACCACAGUUAAAAUAGCCAAAUUCGAUUGGACUAAAUACAGUGUGUUAUUUCUGCCAAUUAAUCCUGAAGGUAAUCAUUGGACUUUAUUUAUUAUGGACUUCAUUUUGGGUUGUGUAUUUUACUUGGAUCCUCUGCGUCCAGAAUCAGGUGACUUGUACUUACCUCGAUUAAAAAAAAUGUUGUUUUCAAUGUGUGGUAAUGAGAAAGCAAAAUAUUUGCUGCAUAAAAUGGUUCAUAAAAAUAUUGAGUAUCCUUUACAGAAUGAUAGUAACAGUUGUGGAGUGUUUGUGUUGUAUUAUUGUAGUACAUACAAUCCAAUGUUUACUCAGAGCUUUUCAAAAGAAGUUAAUGUGAGUGAUUUAAGAAAUACAUUGCAGCAUCGAUGUUUAAUGUACUCUGAUAAUAUCAGUGAAAGAUGUCUUAUGUGUGCACAAAAUAUAAAAGUAAGUUUUACUUGGAUUAAAUGUAAUAAAUGUGAGCGAAGAGUUCAUAGUGUGUGUCUAGGUGGUGUAUGCUACAAAUUAAUGACUAAAUUUUUAAAAAAUGAAAACUUCACUUGUAUCUUAUGCGAUAAGUAUAUCAAUUAGGCACCUGUUUUAUAAUUACAAAAUAAUAAAAUACAAAAUAAAACAUAAUAUUCAAUAAAAAUAAACAAACUAAUACAAUACCUAUUGUAAGUAAUGAAUAGUUGAUUAUAUAAGUUGGGUGUAAUUUAUAAAUUACAUAUACAGUAAAAUGGAAUCUAUUGCCCAACAUAAAAUUAGGUACCUAUGUAACUAAGUCAUAUAUUUAAAAAUGGGGAUUAACUAAGUAGGUAGUACAAAUGUUUAAAUUAAAAAAAAAGUUAAUUGUUUUAAAAUUAACAUAAAUUCAGAAUGUAAACAGUUAAAUUUAUUAUUUAUAUUAACUACCUAUCAACUUUUAACUUAGAACUAUCUUGUGUUCACUGAACUUAGCUUAACUUGAGUUAAAAAAUGUUAAUCUUUUAAAAUUGCAAAUCUUAGUGUUAACUCCACCAUUGACGGUCCUCAGUCCGUAUGAAAAAGGAGGAAGGGCGCUUAAGACGUUUUUCUUUUUUAGUUGAAGUAUUAAGAAUUAAUCGUGUUUCUCUUGGUUUUAAAAUAUUAUAUUGUUCUUUUAAAUUGUUUAUAAAUCUUAAUAUUAUAAUCUACAUUGUGUUUUUUUAUUUUGUAUGAUAUACCAUACUAUUGUCCAACUGUGAAGAAGUAGGUAGGUAGCCAAUUUUAAUAGUGCAGAUCUUCGAAGACCAGAAUGUGUAGAUGUGAAUUGGAAAGUGGCAACAUAUACCUAAUUCAGACUUCAGAGAUUCAGUUAGACAUGAUUUAUGGAAAUUGGAUUCAUUAAUUUUUGGACAUUCAAAACUAUACCAUACUACUAUAGUACUAUUGUCUGAUUGUGAAGAAGCAGGUAGUCCAUUUUAAUAGUGCAGAUCUUCGAAGACCAGGAUGUGUAUAUGUGAAUUGGAAAGUGGCAACAUAUACCUAGUUCAGACUUCAGAAAUUUAGUUAGACAUGAGUUAUGGAAAUUGGAUUCAUUAAUUUUUGGUCAUUCAAAGUAGCUUUAGAAACCCUAAUAAAUGUAUUUUCUAUCUAAUAAUUGUAUUAAAUAUAAUUAAAUAAGAUUUUAUA